UUCAGCAAUGCUGCUUUGCUUUCUUUCCACACCUCUGAAGACAUGGAGCCUCGUCUGGUGCUGAAGGCCGCGGGAUUCAUCUUUUUGGACACAGUGGGUAUCCCUGGGAACCUGACCAUCCUUCUCUUUUUUGCCCGCCUAUCUUAUUUCCAGGGGAAAUUGCAGACAAGUGAUGUGAUUAUUACCCAUCUCGCCUCUUUUAACCUGGUAGUCGUCUUGUUGCGAGGCAUUCCACAAGCCCUCACUGCUGUGGGCUAUAGAAACCUUUUCAACGACAAUGGCUGCAAAGCGGUUAUUUACAUUUAUCGUAUUUGUCGGGCCAUGUCGAUCUGCGUCACCUGCUUACUGAGCUGCUACCAGUGUGUGUUGGUUGGGCCUAGCACUGGAAAAUGGCUUCUUCUUAAAAAAAGACUUCCCCAAAGUGUACCAUACAUUGUCUUGUUCCUCUGUGCCCUAAAUUGUAUUGUUUGCACUGCUACUGCACAAUAUACCUUCGCCUACUUCAACUCCACAAUCCCUGAGUUUACUCUCAAUUUAGAAUUCUGCAUUGUGACAUAUCCUAGCUAUAUUUUCUAUUUGGGAAAUGGUGUGCUCUACAUAUUGAGGGACUUGUGCUUUGUAAUUCUUAUGGCUUUUGCUGCUGGCUAUAUCAUUAGCUUGCUGUAUCAUCAUGGGAAGCAAAUGAAAUCUAUGCAAACAUCUGAUCGAAACCAGAAAAAGACAGCUGAUGCCUCAAAAGCCGUGCUGGCUCUGGUCACAAUGUAUGUGAUCCUAUUCAGCCUUGACAACAUUGUGUGGAUUUACACGCUGUGUGUCUCACGGGUGCACCCCGCUGUUUCUGAUACGCGUGUCUUUCUUGCAUCCUGCUAUUCUGCUUUCAGUCCUAUCCUGAUAAUUGCAACUAAUAAGAGAUUUGCAAUCACGUUAUCAUGCACCCAGGCAAUACAGAAAGAGUCAAAACAGAUAGCAGGAACCACCACAACUCAAGUACACAAGUCAAAUGAAGAGUGAGGACAUUGGGCAUUGGUCUGUGAUGAAGACAACUGAAAAACAGCAAUUCCUCUCCAUCUACAGUAUAGAUUUAAAUUGAUACAGUUUUUUUGUAUUUAGGCAUAAAGGCUCCUGUUGAUUCUGAAAAUCAGUUCUUAAGUUUGUUGAGUUUUCAAAACUGUUAAGAAAACUGAAAAAAACAAAUGUUUUGCUUUAUACUUUAUCUAUCUGAAGGAAUACUAAUAGGCACUUAG